ACUCGUGAGUAGGUUGCAUUGGCUAUCUUCGCUGCCAUAGAUAACCGUUCCUGUUCCUUUACUGUUAGCAUAACGUUAACUUGUCAUGAUGCAUUUAAGGCAAGUUGUCAUUAACAUUGUCAGUCUUUAGCCCAGGUUAAAAUUACUAGAAGUUAAGUUAGUUGGAGUUCUGAAUUAACUUUCCACCUAACGUUAUACAUUUUAACGAAAUGCAUACACGUUCGGCAGUGUGCAGUUUUUAAGGCAGAAAUAAGUUUCAUUUUGAUUUUAAAAUCGCAAAUUCUACGUUUCUUUCCAGCCUGCAGUUGAAAUUCGAUUCGUGAAUUGGUUCAAAAACUUUAACAUUUCAUGUAGCCUAGCCUACCUAACCUUCUGAAUUCAUGCAUAUUUGCAUGCAUACUACUUGUAAAUGUAACUUAUACCUGGAGGAGAGAAACGUUGAACAAUUGCAAAGUAGGCUGAUACAAAAAUGUGAACAUAUGUAAAGUGGAAUAAAACACGAAAGUAAACAUUUUUCGAAAGUUUCGCUGAACAAUGAUGAAAUUGGCGCGAUGAUGUCAUUACGGUACAGCCCGGCUAGCUCAGUCGGUAGAGCAUGAGACUCUUAAUCUCAGGGUCGUGGGUUCGAGCCCCACGUUGGGCGAUAAGCUUUUCUGCCUUAGCAGAGUGUAUGAUAUUGGAAUGUCUUGUUUACUCGAAAUGGUUAUCUUAGGUAGCUUGGUAGGAAAAGCCUGUGAAGGUCGUAAGAGAGAAUAUGCCAAUGCCCAAUUGUGGAAACAGAUAAUGUUUCAUACUGAUAAGCACACCACCUCCACGCCUUUUUUGUGUGUCUGCUUGUCACAGAGUCUGUGCCAUGGUCAGUGGCAUUGAGAGACACAUCAGUCCUCAAAGCUGUGUGUGUAGACCUCAUCCUGUUGGCUCUCUUCACUGUCCAGCAUAGUGUUUUGGCCUGGCCGCCCGUUAAACAGGCCUGUCAGUCUGUCCUAGGAGUGUUAAACCGGGCUAUGUACUGUUCCACAACGGCUCUCGCUCUACAGGCUUUAAUGCGUUUCUGGCAGCCUGUGACUAACGCCCCCUGCCUGUGGUCAGUGCACGAUGCACCCUGGGACAUCUGGUUCCCUCUGAUCUGCUUCGUUUUUCAUUUUCUGGCCUGGGCAAUUAUCUUCAGUAUUCUGCUGAUAUUCGACUAUGGUGAACUGCUCGGAAUCAAACAGGUGUAUUAUGAGUGCCUUGGCAUGGGUGACCCCUUGGCCUUGAAAUCCGCCCGAGCUCAACGGCUCUAUGCCCACCUGCGCCACCCUGUGUGUCUGGAGCUUGGCGUCGUCCUCUGGCUCCUGCCCACGUUCCCGCUGGACAGGUUCCUGCUGGCAGGUUACCUGACCAUCUACCUGGCCCUGGCCCACUCUCUGGACACCCAAGACUGUGCCUAUUUGAGUGUGCAGCUGCGCAGCAAGAUGCAGAUCUUCUCUAUACCACCAGGUGGCAGUGGUCAGGCUUUGUCAACCACAGCUAACAACAACAAUCACAAGCAUGAUUGAAUAUACACUAGAGUAUUGAUGUCGUGUGUGAGGCAGAAAUUGGAGAAGAGAUGUACUGAAUUAGUCUCCUGACAACAGACAAGGAAACAGACAAACAAACAAACAAACACAAAAUCACUGAUGUUUACAGCUGCAUCCGAACAAAAUAAGAGUUAUCUAUCACAGUUACCUUGAAUGUUAAACAGUUAGUAUUCAAGAUAAUGAGGUAGAGCAUGGUUGUUGCAGUACUACAUAAUGUAAACAUAAUGACUGUUUUUCUACAGUCAGUGAACUAUUCAGGACAUUGAGAUAGGCAUGCUUGAAGUACACAGCACGUAUCUUUAAAAGUGUCAUCUUUUAUGUGUAUAUUUUGUCAUUAUCCAAUUUUAUAGUAUUUUGUGUACAUUUUGUGCAAAUUGCUGCAAGGCUUUUUCAGGUAAAUGUCUUCCACAGUUUGGGUUAACAGUCAGAAUAUGAUUUACUAACCCUAGGAUCAAACAUAUCAGAGUGCCAAGCUAUUUAACGUGUUUCUCCGGUAAUGUUACAUCAUUAUAGAAAUGUUCAUAAGUGCAUCUGCAGAAAUGGUACAUUCACUGGUAUUGGAGUUUACCACUUUACAACAGCCAUAGGGAACUAUAUGCUGGAUUGUUUUUAUUGAUUAUUUUAAGGACCGAAAGAGCUGCUAAAAGUCUUUCUAAACAAGAGGAGGCUAAAAUGUGCAGAGUAUGUGUAAAUGCUGAGAUGAGAGAAAUCAAGUUUUGUUCAUGUUAUGACAGUCAGUAUAAAGACUAAAGUAAUGUUGUAGUUUCUACUUGCAUAGAGCUUUGGGGGCCUUUUGCAAAUCCCAACACAGCUUAUACACUGGAAAGACAUAUGUUACUGUCUGAGCUACACACUGGUCCAUAUAAUGAAAUAUACACUAUAGGCCUAAAGCAUGAGGUUUUAAUAAAAUAGUCAUUCAAGGAA